GGUACACGAUUUUUCUUGUUUUCGAUUUCUGUAUUUAUUGGAUCAGCUUGUUUUAUCAAACAAUACUUCACUCUCCGUCUCUUAAUACACUCUCCAUCAUAAAACGAUUUAGUAACUUAAAAUAAAACGCUCUUUGCUCUCUGGGAUAACUUAAAAGUCCUUUGAAACGUUCAAUUAACUAUUUAUACUUCAUAUCAGUUAAACAAAUAAAAAUGAAGAAAUAUAAAGUUGACAGUAAAAUAAAUAAAAAGAGCCUACAGCAAUUUAUAUUUUUUAUGUAAACAUUGCAUGAAAAAAAAUACGACUCUAAUAAUAUUCUUUCGGCUGUUGUUUUCUCUCGUGACAGGAAGAAAUAUAAAAGAUUUCGGCUUGUCAAUUUCGAUGGGAAAUGUAUUGUGAUCCAGUACCUCCUCCCACCGAGCUAUCUAUUUUUACGGCAACGAUCUCGUCCAUCAUUACUCUUCUGUCAAUUAUUGGAAAUGGAAUCAUUAUCUUCGUAAUCAUACGAAAUCCGCUGAAGAAUCUUAGAACUCCAUUUAACUUUUUCCUGGUUAAUCUGGCAAUCAGCGACUUAAUUAUUGGCUCAAUCACGUCACCAUUGUCUAUUUAUGCGCAUGCGCGAGAAAGUGUGGGCAAAUUGCAUAACAACACUAAAGUAACAUUCCAGUUGACAUAUUUCAUUUCUAUUACCGCAAGUAUAUUGAGUCUGGGAGUUUUAUGCGCAGAUCGAUUCAUUGCUAUAAUAUAUCCCAUGAGACAUAGAAUUCACUUAAGUUUAAAAAAAUGUGUUUUCAUUGCCAUUGGUAUUUGGUUGUUUUCGGUAACCGUACCUUUUAUCUACUUCAAGGUUGGUUUCGUUGAAUACUUGCUAAUAUAUGCAAGCACGUGCGUUCUAUUGGCUUUCAUUUUUAUGUGUUUGACAUACGUUAAGGUUUAUAAAUUCUUACGACAAAAGACCUCAGAGCUCCGUCAACUGAUGACAACAGAAGAAUCAUCGGACGAAAAAUUCCGGCUUAAAAGAUUACUAAUGGAGAAGAAGGUUACGAGAGCUUUCCUGGUGAUUCUCGUAUUGUUUAUAUGCACAUACUUGCCGGCUUCUAUUAUGAUAUACAUUAUCUAUUUUUGUCAGCACUGCGAUUGCACGUUCAUUCAUAUCCUAAGAGAUCUGGAAAUAGUUUUUAUUUUGUCCAAUAGCUGCAUGAAUCCGUUUGUAUGCACAAUACGAUUGGUUAAUUUUAGAAAAUCAAUUAAAGCAUUGUUUUCAUCCAAAGUACAUGAAUCAUCUUGUUCGAACCAAACGUGAGUUAUAAAAAAUGCUGUUUUAAAGGACUUCAUAUUCUGUAUUUUUAAAAAAUGUUAUUUUACAAUUACAUGGCAAAUUUAGCAUCUACAAGCAAUUCACGCUUGUCCUGUUCAUUUUUUUGUUCAAC